GGACUGGAGUGUCUAUGUAUGCAUCCACAAUUUAUGCUGUACACAUAGCCCAGACCUAUCUCUAGGUAUACAAAGCCAAAUUCUGUCCUAUCUUUAAGCACAUCGCGUUCAUUUCAACCAACAUUCUUCUCCCCUGGAAGCCAUGUUAAGGGGGCGUUUCAUUCUAUUUUCCCCUGGAAUGAUUUUUUUCCACUUUGCAGCAUCAGUAGUAGCGUUGAGCCAGCCUCUUAUACGGUGGUUGUGGCUGUAGUUUUUUUUUUUAGGAACAGGAUACGCAUAAGGACAGCGAAGAAAAAAAAACAUAGCAAUUCCUCGGGGGAUUUGUGAAGGGGAAACUCAGGUCUGCGUUUAUUCGUGUAAAGGACGACAAACAGGUAGACAUAGCUGAGGCAAGAUGUCAGCCCGAGGAGGAAAGAAGAAGACCACCAAACUGUCCCGCUCUGCCAGAGCAGGGGUCAUCUUUCCUGUGGGGAGGAUGAUGAGGUAUCUACGCACAGGGACGCACAAGUACCGCAUCGGCAUGGGGGCACCCGUCUACAUGGCAGCUGUCAUUGAGUACCUGGCAGCUGAGAUUUUGGAGUUGGCAGGGAAUGCAGCAAGGGACAACAAAAAAGGCAGAAUAACUCCUCGGCACAUUAAACUGGCUGUCGCCAACGAUGAGGAGCUCAACCAGCUUCUCAGAGGGGUGACCAUAUCAAACGGAGGGGUCCUGCCUCGCAUCCACCCUGAGCUGCUGUCCAAGAAGAGGGGCAGCCGAGUGAAAGUGGACACUCAGGUGACCGUGCCAGAGAAGAGGGCGGAGCGCGUCAAGAGCAUCAAGAAACCCACCACCAAAAAAGGCAAAGGCAAACCAGGCCGUAAGCAGAGGAAAAACACGGAAAACGACAAAGAGGCUGUUGUAGCUAACUCAACAGUGGAAGAUGGGCCAGGGGAUGGAUUCACUAUCCUCUCAGCGAAAAGCCUGUUCCUUGGACAAAAGCUUUCACUAACAGAGAGUGAAAUUAGCAAAAUUGGAACCAUCAAGGUGGAGGGAAUCAUCAACCCUACAAAUGCAGAGAUGGACCUCAAAGAGGGAGUGGGCAGUGCCCUGGAGAAGGCAGGGGGGCGAGACUUCAUGGAGGCAGUGAAAGAACUGCGGAAAGCACAGGGACCUUUGGAGGUAGCGUCAGUUGCAGUGAGCCAGGCCAGUGGGAUGCCAGCUCGUUUUGUCAUCCACUGUAACAUCCCUCAAUGGGGCUCAGAGAAGUGUGAGGACCAGCUGGAGAAGACUGUCAAGGCCUGCCUCUCUGCUGCAGAGGAGAAGAAACUCAAGUCCGUUGCCUUCCCCUCACUUCCUGCUGGCCGGAAUGGAUUCCCAAAGCAAACAGCCGCCCAGCUGAUCCUCAAGGCCAUCUCCAACCAUUUUGUCUCUGCGACAACCUCCUCCCUGAAAAACAUUUACUUUGUACUGUUUGACAGCGAGAGCAUCGGAAUAUACCUUCAGGAAAUGGCCAAGCUGGAUGCCAAGUGAAGAGAUGCUUGAUUUGAGGUGUUUUUUUUAACGGUUGCAGUUGUAUUUCAGAUGGAUCUUUGUUUUUUGCAGCUGAUAUAGUGUGAUCAAAGGUGCUGUAAGUAGGCGUUUUUGACAUUGGAUAGCCCUCGGAAGGCGUAAAAAAAAAACAAUGUUUGUGAGUGAAGUACUGUACGCAUUUAUGUUACACUGUCUUCCUUUUACAGGAUUGCAUUCUUUCUUUUUAGACUAGACUCAAUUAAUAAUCCCAUGGCUUGUCAUUCUUAUCCCUUAUUUACUGAUAUUGUUUUCACAUUCCAUGUACAAAGACAAUUUUGACGGUUGUUUUUUCUGCUAGAAUCCCUCUGUAGUUUCUGAUACAGUUAGUUUACUAAGAAAAGUGUUUCUCAUUCUGCUUUGAAAUAAAAAUACAGAUGUUUUACACCACA